AUGUGUCGCUUCUCCUCCCGGCGUUCUUUUGCAGGACUCUUUUCGCCGCACAUCUCUUUGUUUUAUCUAUCUCUUUAUUUAUUUUCCGUCGGUUUUUCUCGUUCUGCCAGGGAUCAAGUUUACACGGUUGUCAAACUAAACAAAGGUGCUAAUGGCCUGACGUACUCUCCAAAAAUACACGCCUUCUUAUUCCUCUUUCCUCUUUCUUCUUGGAAACCUCACCUUUCCAUUUCUCUUCACUCUUUUUUUUUAAAUUCUCUUCCCCUCUCUCUCUCUCCCUAUCUCUCUCUCCCUAUCUCUCUCCCUUUUCUCUCCCUACCCUUUUCUCUCCCUACCCUUUUCUCUCCCUACCCUUUUCUCCCCCUCUCUCCUUCUCCCCUGUCCCCUCUCCCCUGUCCCCCUCUUUCCCCCCAGCUCUCCCCCCUCUCUUCCCUAUCUCCCCCCUCUUCCCCCUCUUCCCUCCUCCUCCUCUCCCCCAUCUCCCUUUUUCUCUCCUCCCGUCUCUCGCCCCUUUCCCCAUCUCUCUCCCUCCUCCCCUCUCUCCCCCUCUCUCCCCUCUCCCUUCUCUCUCCCUCUCCUACCCCUUUCUCCCCUAUCUCUCUCCCCUGUCCCCCUCUCUCUCCCUCCUCUCCUCUCUCCCCCUCUCUCUCCCUAUAUAUCUCCCCAUCCCUCCUCCUCUCCCCUCUAUCUCCCUUUUCUUUCCCCUCCCCGUCUCUCCCCUUUCCCUCUCUCCCUCCUCCUCUCCCCCUAUCUCCUUUUUCUCUCACUCCCCGUCUCCUUGCCCCUUUCCCCCUCUCUCCCCCUCCCCUCUCCCCAUCUCUCCCCCUCCCUCUCCUCUCUCUCUCUCCCUACCUCUCUCUCUCUAUCCAUCGUGCCACGUAUUAUUCCUCAUCUCUUUCUUCUUCUCUUCGGCCCUUGUCUUCUUUUCUGCCUGUGACACAAUUCAUGAAAGCGAAUCUCAUUUCCACGUCUCCGUUUAUCCGUCCACCGUGUCCAGUGCCACGAGUUAGCCUUUCUGCAACUGAAGAAAUUGCCCAUGCGUUAAGCAAUGUAGAUGUCCGCAGGUUCAGUCGCACCGGAGUUAGCGAAGCUUUUCUUUCUUUCUUUCUUUCUUUCUUUCUUUCUUUCUUUCUUUCUUUGUAUAAUUUCAUUCGUUCACUUCUAUCUUUCUUUCUUCCCGGGCUUUUCUGCCUCACUUCUUUCUUUCUUUCUUUCUUUCUUUCUUUCUUUCUUUCUUUCUUUCUUUCUUUCCUGCUAUCUGCCUUACUUUCUUCUUUUCUUACUGUUUUUCUUUCUUCUUUUUUUACUGUUUAUCUUUCUUUCUUUUCUUAA